UGUUUGAGUUUUUAAGUCUCUGUUGGAAUACACCAAACUCCCCGCGGUGGUUUCCGGUUACGGCUGAUGCCGUUUCCCUUACGCUGACCAACGGAGGCGGUUCGCCGUUCCCACGCUUCUACUCGGCGCCGCUGCGCCUGCGGCUUCCAUAGCCCCAUGGCGACCGCCUCGGCCCAACCAGCGCCCCUGAGCGCCGAACAGGCUAAGGUGGUUCUGGCCGAGGUGAUCCAGGCGUUCUCGGCCCCAGAGAACGCUGUGCGAAUGGACGAGGCUCGAGACAACGCGUGCAACGACAUGGGAAAGAUGCUGCAGUUCGUGCUGCCCGUAGCCACGCAGAUCCAGCAAGAGGUCAUCAAAGCCUACGGUUUCAGCUGUGACGGGGAAGGUGUCCUUAAGUUUGCGCGCUUGGUCAAGUCCUAUGAAGCCCAGGAUCCUGAGAUUGCCAGCCUGUCGGGCAAACUGAAGGCUCUGUUCCUGCCGCCCAUGACACUGCCACCCCACGGGCCUGCUUCUGGUGGCAGCAUUGCCGCCUCCUGAGGAGCUUGGCCCUUUCCUGUGCCCAGUGCUGCUGCCUGGGAAGGGAGGGCCUUGGUGUUCCCAGAGCAUAAUAAACGUGUCUGCGACUUA